AUGUCAACUAGGCCUCUUUUAGACGACGCACGCCUCUCACGUGGUGUGGGUAUCCGGUUUGUGUCGCUUGUCGUACCUGUAACUGUCACCAUGUUGGCCGUGGUAUGGAGCCUCUCGUGCCUCUCGCCAAUCUACGUGAACAACCGGGCGCCGCCUCUGCCGGUGAUGGUAAACGAGAAUGACGCGGACACGGUUGGCGAGAAGUUUGUGUACUCACUGGUGGCGGCCCUGAUUGUCGUUGGAUGCGUCGUGGCCGCAACGGUUGCAACUGUGGUGCUCUAUUACUUUCAUCUCCAGUUUGUAUUGUAUGGCUGGCUGGCGUUUUCGGCAGUGUCAAUGUUUUUUAUGUUGCUGUGGAUUUGGCUGGACUUGUUCUGCACAUAUUUCCAAAUCCCUUACAACGUCAUUUCGAUGGGCAUCUUUGUGUGGAACUUCGGGGUGGUGGGUCUCAUCGCCCUCUUUUACUAUUCUCACCCUACUGUGACGCAGGUGUAUUUGGUCAUCGCCUCCAUCUUGACUGCGUGGUCGCUGACGGCGCUGCCGGAAUGGUCGACGUGGGCGUUGCUGAUCUGCAUCGCCACGUACGACAUUCUUGCAGUUCUCUGGCAGCAGGGGCCACUGCAUCGACUAAUCAAGAUAGCUCAAGAACGCGACGAGCCGAUUCCAGCAUUUGUCUACAGCAGCGCACACAGCAUCGCUCCGAUUACACAGCCCGCAACAGCGAGCUCGGCGCGUGUGCCGGCAACGGCAGCUGAGUCUUUCAUGUGGACGGUGCAACACGCCGCUCCGUUCAAGCUGGGCCUUGGGGACUUUAUCUUUUACAGCCUUCUCGUUGGUCGUGCCUCAUUUUCCGGCUUUGUAUCGUGGGGUUUCUGUAUGGUGAGCAUCCUGGCGGGCAUGCUGGGCACGCUGCUGUCCUUGCUGCUUUUCCGAAACUCGCUGCGCGCGCUGCCGGCUCUGCCGUGCUCUAUUUUUCUCUCUACUGUCGUCUUCGUGCUCUGUAGACUAAUUGUGGAGUCGCUGAGCUCCUUUGUGAGUCAUCACCUGUUGGUGCUCUAA